UCGUUAUUUCGUUUUAUUUUUUAAGGUCCAUCAUUUCCAUCAUCAGCACCUAAAAUAGAACAAACAUGUCACAUAUAAUUCUUAUAGCGUUGGCCAUAGUGUCGAUAGCGGUCACAACAUGUCGAGCACUGCCAGAUAUUCACAAACAAAUGUCAGCCCAACAGCUGCAAUCCAUAUUCCAAGUGGAACACCAUGAUGCAGUGCCACAAUACGAAGUCAUACAACUGCUGCAUCAUCACAAUGAAGAAUUAUCCGCCCAACAGUAUAGCAAUUAUCGACGUCGGAAACGCAGUAUACAGGAAAAUACGCCGAAGGCCUUCGACUCACACCAUGUCAAAAAGGAUCUCAGUAAGACAAGCUACUAUAGUGAAAUAAAAUUGGGCUCUCAAAAGCCUUCGAAUCAUUUGGGCGAUAUCCAUAAAGGCAAGCCUGUCAAACACAUUGACGAACAUAAAGUCCAAGUGCACGCCUUUGGGGAGAAACUGAAUUUAACACUAAAGAAAACCCAAGGAUUAUUUAAAAAAGGUGAACUGCACAAUUUACCCAUGUGGUUUAUGGAGAAAGAGGCCAAUGCCACACAUGGCAUAAAUUUGGAGAAAAUUGUCGAUGAGCAUUCACAUUCCAGUGAUAAAAUCGGUGAAGUUUACCAGGAUGAAGAAAAUAUGGCAGCUAUUUUAAUGCGUCGCCAUGAGAUCACCGGUGAUUUAAUAAUGGAGGGUAGCAUUGGUCAUGAUAUGGUGAUAAAGCCAUUGCCACAUGAAUUGAGUCCCCAGCCGGAAGAAUCACAUCAUGUGAUAUACAAGCGUAGUGCUGACCAACUGGAACACUUGAGUGACUUUGCUUUUAUGGAACCCGAUGACUUAUCUACACAUGAAAAAUCACAAGAACGUAGCAAACGAGCAGCUCAUCGUAAUACCUUGGCCGAUCUCGAAGUUGAACAAGAAGAACUUGAAGCAGAAGAUGGCAUAGCCGCUGAUGAAAGAUCGCCCCAUAAAAGGGGCAAACGUCAUGCACCCUAUAUGAUUUAUCCCGAAGUUUUGGUUAUUGUCGACUAUGAUGGAUAUCGUUUACAUGGUGGUGAUAAUUUGCAGGUGAAACGUUAUUUCAUUGCCUUCUGGAAUGGUGUGGAUUUGAGAUAUCGUUUGCUUAAGGAACCAAAAAUUCGUGUUAGCAUUGCUGGAAUCAUUAUAUCAAGGGGACGUGAUGCUACACCAUACUUGGAAAGAAAUCGUGUUGGACGUGAUGCCAUUGACUCGGCGGCCGCUUUAACAGAUAUGGGUAAAUAUUUAUUCCGUGAAAGACGCUUGCCUGUUUAUGAUAUUGCCGUGGCCAUAACAAAGUAUGAUAUGUGUCGCAGACGCAAAGGAGGUCGUUGUACCAAGGGCACAGCCGGCUUUGCCUAUGUUGGUGGCGCAUGCGUGGUCAACAGACGUCUGGAAAAAGUCAACAGUGUUGCCAUCAUUGAGGAUACCGGUGGUUUCAGUGGCAUCAUUGUUGCCGCUCAUGAAGUGGGCCAUUUACUUGGUGCUGUUCAUGAUGGCUCACCACCACCCAGUUAUUUGGGUGGACCUGGAGCCCAGCGUUGUCGUUGGGAGGAUGGUUUCAUAAUGUCCGAUUUGAGACACACCGAGAGAGGUUUCCGUUGGUCAGCCUGUUCUGUGCAAAGUUUUCAACACUUCUUAAAUGGUGCCACUGCCACCUGUUUAUACAAUGUCCCACAUGAGGAUAAUGCCUUGGGACGUUCCCUGCCUGGUACUUUACUCUCCCUGGAUGCCCAAUGCCGAAGAGAUCGUGGCACUUAUGCAUGUUUCAAGGAUGAACGUGUGUGUGCACAGCUUUUCUGUUUCGAUGCCCAGACAGGCUAUUGUGUAGCCUAUAGGCCAGCGGCCGAAGGUUCAACAUGUGGUAAUAAUUUGCAUUGUUUGGAUGGUCGCUGCACUGCUUUGCCAGUGGCUUCCAAUCUAAUUACCAACUACGGUGGUCAAUAUCGUUUGGGCUACAAUAACAGCCUUAACAGUCCGGCAGCCUCCAAGCAUCUCUAUAAUUUGAAUAAGGCCCAGGCGAAUGCAAACAACGAGGCCAAUCAAGCUGAUGAGGAGGCAGAUAAUGAGGAUGAUGACGAGGACAGUGGGGAUGACAAUGAUGAGAGCAAUGAGACUAUAGAGAAACAAAAACCCUCUAUAGUACAACAACAGCAACAGACACAACAGCAUGCGGCCAAAUCGGCACAGCCUCAACAUAAGACAUUUGCCAAGGUGUUGCCACCAAAUAAUUUGCAACAGCAUAAAACAUCAUUAACAUCAACAUCAUCGUUAGCAACAGGUUCGGAUAGACAAAAACCGCAUACAUAUCACCAUCAUCAUCAGCAUCAACUGCAGCAGCAGCAAUCAUCAUUGGCCACAACAGCAUCAGCAACAUCGGCCACCACAAGAAGGCCUAAGAUUAAAACACAAAAACUAAUACGCCGAUUACGAACACAAAUCAAAUGAGUUAAUGAGUUUGUUUGUGAUGAUGAUCUCCUGUGCAAAGCACACACCAUCAUUAAAUCACAAUGACAUGUAGUUAUCACCAACAACAUAUCUGAAGAGAGGAGACAAGAGAGCAACAGCAAGAAACAGCUACACAAACUCACCAUCACCACCACCAAAACCACCACCACUACUACCUACCUACCUUCUCAAGAAGAGUCUAUCUCUCCACUGCCACC